AUGGCCUCAGUAGAAAAUGUUAGGGUUCUGACCAGUGUAACUGGAGCCAAUGGAAAAGAAGUCAGAGACUUUGAUGCUGCGACAGUAACGUCUCUUGUGUCUACUGGUGAGGUCGGGACUCCCUCAGGUAAACUUUCAAGCCUAGGUGACGAAAAGGCACAUGCGCAGACCUUCCAUGCUCUACAGGAACGUGUUAACAGCGUAAACCAAGAGGUGUGCGAGGCAGGCGAUGAAAACUCAUUUUUCGUGUGCGAUCUGGGUGAAGUGCAACGGCUGCACGCAUAUUGGCGUGCAAAAUUGCCUCGCGUGCACCCAUUCUACGCGGUGAAAUCCAAUCCCAACCCUAAAGUGCUGCAGUUGCUGGCGCAGAUGGGCGUCAACUUCGAUUGCGCUUCGAAAUCCGAGAUCGAGAUGGUGCUUGAGCUUGGAGUUUGUCCGUCGCGAAUCAUCUACGCCAAUCCAUGCAAAGCGUCGUCUUUCAUCCGUUUCGCCAAAGACAAGCAAGUGCGGAAGUCCACAUUCGAUAACGUCGAGGAAUUGGCCAAGAUCAAGAAAUACCACCCAGACUCGGAACUGCUUCUACGGAUCGCCACAGAUGACUCUACCGCCAAAUGCAGACUGUCAACGAAGUACGGGUGCGCAAUGGAAAACGUGGACCAGCUUCUGGCGAAAGUAAAGGAACUGGGCCUCAACAUGGUUGGUGUGUCGUUCCACAUUGGAUCUGGCGCAUCAGACUUCAGCACUUUUUACAAAGCUGUUCGGGACGCACGUGAGGUAUUCGAUCGCGCCAGUGGCCGGUUCGGGCUUCAGAACGUUCGUAUCUUGGACAUUGGUGGAGGGUUCCAACUUGAAACGUUUGGCGAGUCCAGCUACGCAUUGAACGUGGCACUCGAAGAGUUUUUCCCUCCUCGUGACGGAGAGGAGGCCGUCACUAUCAUUGCCGAGCCUGGCCGUUUUUUCGCUGCAUCACCCUUCACGCUGGCGUGCCAUGUCAUUGCCAAGAGAGCCCAUAACGACCGGGAGUCCAUGUUGUACAUCAACGACGGUGUUUACGGCAACAUGAACUGCAUUCUAUUCGAUCACCAGGAGCCCCUUCCCAGAGUCCUAUACCACGAUCAGCGGUUCCACUAUUUGGACGACAAGGCGACCUCGCCCAAGAAGAGCCCUUCCUGUCAAAUUAAAGCGUCUAUUUGGGGUCCUACUUGCGACGGCUUAGACUGCAUUACCAAAGAAUAUUACUUCAAGCACGAUUUGGUUGUGGGAGACUGGCUGUACUUCCCAGUUCUUGGUGCUUACACGUCCUCUGCCGCAACGCAGUUUAAUGGCUUUGAACAGGCAGUCGACAUCAUCUACAUUAACUCUGCCUCUGAGCUGUGA